CGACAGUGUUGAUUCCCUUCUUUUGAUUCCCUUCUUUUGAUUCCCUUCUUUUGAUUCGCUUCUCUUUUAUUCUGUUAUUUGUCUGCUAUCUAUAGCUUACUUGUAUUUUUUUGUGGGAUCCUUUUUGAAUUCUUCUCAAAUCUUUUCAGAUCUUUCAUCAUCUUUCUUAUUUCUGUUGCCGAUCAUGAGUUCUAACGAUAAAUAUUCCACUCCUUUAUCUUCCAGAUAUGCUUCUGAGGAAAUGUCCCAUAUUUUCUCUGUGAGAAACCGUUUUUCUACCUGGAGAAAGUUGUGGCUAACUCUUGCUAAGGCUGAAAAGUCUUUAGGUUUGGAUAUCAUCACCGAUGAGGCAAUUGCACAAAUGGAAAAACAUUUGAUUAUUACCGAUGAAGAACUUGAGGCUUCUAAAAAACAGGAAGCUAUUGUUAGACACGAUGUCAUGGCCCAUGUUCAUGUUUUUGGAGAAACAUGUCCUGCUGCUGCUGGUAUUAUCCAUCUUGGUGCCACCUCCUGUUAUGUUACUGAUAAUGCUGACUUGAUCUUCUUAAGAGAUGCUUAUGAUAUUUUGAUUCCAAAGUUGGUCAAUGUUAUCGACAGAUUGUCAAAGUUUGCUUUGACUUAUAAAGAUUUGCCUGUUUUAGGUUGGACCCAUUUCCAACCUGCACAAUUAACAACGGUUGGUAAAAGAGCUACGCUAUGGAUUCAAGAAUUACUAUGGGAUUUAAGAAACAUGGUUAGAGCUAGAGAUGAUAUCGGUUUAAGAGGUGCAAAGGGUACCACUGGUACCCAAGCUUCAUUCUUAUCUUUAUUUCAUGGUAACCAUGAUAAAGUUGAAGCCUUGGAUCAAAAAAUCAUUGAAUUGUUAGGUUUUGAACAUGCUUACCCAGUUACUGGUCAAACUUAUUCAAGAAAAAUCGAUAUCGAUGUCUUAGCUCCUUUAGUCUCUGUUGGUGCAACUGCUCAUAAAUUUGCUACUGACAUCAGAUUAUUGGCCAACUUGAAAGAAGUUGAGGAACCUUUCGAAAAAUCUCAAAUUGGUUCAUCCGCCAUGGCUUACAAAAGAAACCCAAUGAGAUGUGAAAGAGUUUGUUCAUUGGCUAGACAUUUAUCUGGUUUAUUCAAUGAUGCUGUUCAAACUGCUUCUGUUCAAUGGUUUGAAAGAACAUUGGAUGACUCCGCCAUUAGAAGAAUCUCUUUACCAUCUGCUUUUUUAACCGUCGAUAUCUUAUUAUCCACCAUGUUAAAUAUCUCUUCAGGCUUGGUUGUCUAUCCAAAAGUUAUUGAAAGAAGAAUCUUAUCUGAAUUACCAUUUAUGGCAACUGAAAAUGUCAUUAUGGCAAUGGUUGAAAAAGGUGAAUCCAGACAAGAAUGUCAUGAGCAAAUCAGAGUUUUAUCCCAUCAAAGUAGUGCCAACGUCAAACUUCAAGGUGGUGAAAAUGAUUUAAUUGAAAGAAUCAAAAAGACUUCUUAUUUCAAGCCAAUUUGGGAUGAAUUGGAUGUUUUAUUAGACCCUUCCACUUUCAUUGGAAGAGCUCCUGAGCAAACUGAAAAAUUCAUAAACAAUGAUGUUAAAAAAGCUCUUGCUCCUUUCGCAAAAUACAUCAAUGAUGAAACUGUUCAAUUAAGUGUUUGAUUUUAAUAUUCACACUUGAUCAAAUUUACCUUUUCUUUAUAUACUACAUAAUAUCAUAUCAUAUCAUAUCUAUAACUAUAACUAUAACUAUUAUUUAUCAAUUCUUUUUCAACUUUAUAUUCAUGCCUUUGAUAGUAAACGGGUUUUAACCAUUACUUCAAAUCCAGCACAACGGAUUGCGGAUCGCUUAAAUUUCAAUUUUCU